AUGAGUGACAACACAGAAUUGAUCAGCCAGUUUGCUGAGCUCACACAGAGCCCAACAUCAGUCGCUGAAGUUCUACUAAGUAGAAAUAACUGGGAUUUACAAGAAGCACUUGAUGAUUUUUAUAACGGUGGGAUUCAAAGAUCAGAAGCACCUCAAAGAUCAGAAUCACAAACCCCAGUACCAAGUGAACCAUCAUCUGGAAGAGCUGCCACUCCAUCCUCAAGACCAACAGGUUCAAGCUCAAACAAACCAAAAAUGAAAACUUUUCAAGAUUUAGUCAAUUCAGAUGGUAAAGAUGAAGAUGAUGAACAAAAUUUCUUUGCAGGUGGUGGAAGAGGAUCAGGUCUUGAAGUUGAAAAUCCAUCUGAUCCACAAAAUUUAGUUCAAGAUUUAUUGAGAAAAGCACAAGCAGGUGAAGGUCAUCCUGAUCGUAUGAAUGAAGACUCUUCAAGUUCUGAGCCUUCUAAACCAAAAUUCACAGGUACAGGUUAUUCAUUAGGUAGCAGUGAAGUUCCUUCUAAAGUCGUUGGUGCUUCAAGAUCUAACCAACCAAAAAAACUUGAGAAAGCUGAAAGAGAAAUUACAUUUUGGAAAGAUGGGUUUCAAGUUGGAGAUGGUAAAUUAUUCAGAUAUGAUGACCCUGCAAAUGCAACAUAUUUGGCCGAAUUAAAUAGUGGACGUGCACCAUUGUCCUUAUUGAAUGUUGAAUAUGGUCAAGAUGUUGAUGUUAAUGUUAUAAAGAAGUUGGAUGAAGAGUACAAGCCACCAAAGAGAAAAAUAGGUGGAUUCCAUGGCUCUGGUCAAAGGUUAGGCUCACCAGUAUCCACUGAUUACAAACCACCUCAAUCUACAUCUCCAGCUCCAGUUCCAACUCAAGAAAAACAAGAACCUGCAAAACCUAAAGAUGAAGGUUCAGGUGAUACCCAAGUUCAAAUUAGACUAGCAGAUGGACGUAGAGUAGUACGUCGUGUUGAGUCUUCAGGACCUGUUUCACAAUUAUAUGACUAUGUCACUAGUGAAACUUCAAGCUCUAAACCGUUCAUAUUGAGUCAUGCCUUCCCAGUUAAGCCAAUUGAAGAUAAAACCCAAUCAAUAAAAGAAGCUGGAUUAGUCAAUGCGGUUGUUGUUCAAAGAUGGGUCUAG